AUGGCAGGCGGAACAAGUAUCUGGGUCAGCAAAGACGCAAAAAACGACCCCAAAGAAAUCUUCAAUCUCCGUCUGCUUUAUCUUCUUGUAUCCCUCGCAUGGGCGGGAUGUUUCUACGGUUUCGACACGGGAAAUAUUGGAGGAAUCCUGACUUUGCCAUCAUUCAAACAUGCCUUUGGAAUCAGCGAUGAAUCCGAAGCAGAGGCUGAUAAUCGCAAGGGCACCAUCGCAGCCAUGCUCGCAGGGGGCGCCUCGGCAGGUUCCAUCCUCGCCGCACCAACAUCCGACUACAUCGGCCGAAAAUGGUCUGUAUUCGGCUGGGGUUGCAUCUUUGUGAUAGGAGCCAUAAUGCAGAUGAUCGCCAACUACGAAGUCCUCAUUGCCGGUCGCUUCAUCGCCGGAAUGGGUGUCGGGGCGAGCUCAAUGCUCAGUCCGCAGUUUCUGGCAGAGAACUCACCCAAAUCUGUGCGUGGGUCGGUGACGGCUUCGUAUAAUCUGAUGAUUCUGUUAUCGCUGAUGCUGGCAUUUUGGAUCAACUACGGUGUUUCGCUGUGGUCGUUUCCUGGUGUGGAAACGGACGAUACACAGUGGCGGACUGCGAUGGGGAUUCAGCUGAUCCCUGGUGUGUUGAUGUGUUUGAUGAUUCCUUUUGUGCCCGAGACGCCGCGGUAUCUGUUUAACCAUAACAAGGCCGAAGAGGGAUUGAAGAAUCUGUGCAAAUUGCGCGGUCUGCCGGCUGAUCAUCCUUUUAUCGUGACUGAAUCGCAGGAGAUCAUGGCACAGGUACGACACGAACAACAAUGCUAUGAGGGCCAUAAUUACUGGGUCGUUAUCAAGGAUAUCGUCACCAUCCGGAGUAACUUUCAGCGGUUCUUCUUGACCGUCAUGUUGUUUCUGUUUCAUAAACUCACCGGCACGGAUUCUCUCAACUACUACGCCCCUGAGAUCUUCCAACUAAUCGGAGUCAACGGCAACUCAUCUAGCCUCCUCACAACAGGAAUCUACGGCGUGGUCAAAUUCGCCGUAACCAUCUUCUACGUGGCAUACCUGGUCGACCGCGUCGGACGUCGUCUCCCUUUGAUAGUCGGCGCAAUCAUGCAAGCAACCGCAAUGCUCUAUCUCGCUCUCUACCUGCGCUUCGCAGGAACAAACACCGACAGUGUCGGCGGGACACCAGCAGGCGGAAUUGUAGGAAUAGUCUGGAUCUACAUCUACGCCUUUGGAUGGUCCUUCGGCCACAGCGUCGCGUGCUACAUUGUCGCUGCUGAAAUCUUUCCCACUAGAAUUCGCUCCUUCUGCAUGUCCUUCUGCUUCUUCGUCAACUGGAUCAUCGACUACGGCCUCACCCGCGCAACACCCAACAUGAUCACCAACAUGGGUUGGGGCGUGUUCCUCUUCUACGCGAUGCUCACCUACACCGGCGUGGUAUUCAUCUACUUCUGUCUGCCGGAGAUGAAAGGCCGCUCGAUUGAGAGUAUGGACGAUCUCUUCCAGCGACCGCUCUGGACGAUGUGGCGCCAUGCGUAUCCGACCGAGGAAGAAAAGACGCGGCAGGAAGUGCGAGAUUUGAUGGAUAAGAAAAGAAACAAAAUGAAAUCCUUCACCCUCAACACCGGCGCAAAAAUCCCCGCCGUGGGAUUCGGGACCUGGAAAGCUGCUCCAGGCGAAGCAGCAGCAGCCGUGGAAGCGGCUUUUGAAGCUGGAUAUCGUCAUUUUGAUUGUGCCCCUCUAUACGGAAAUGAAGCGGAAAUCGGACAAGUCUUUAAAAAGACUCCUAUCCCUAGGGAGGAGUAUUUUGUUACUACGAAAUUAUGGUCCUCCGACCACCGCCGCAUCGAAUCCGCCUUGGACAAAUCUCUCUCCGAUCUCAACCUCACCUACAUCGACCUAUAUCUCAUGCACUGGCCCGUAACCCUCGAUCCCAGCGACGCAUCCACAUACGGGAAAGAAAACCGCAAAAUCCACGCCAGCGGCUGGGACUUCCGGGAUACAUGGCGGGAGAUGGAGAAACUGAUCGACACUGGAAAGGUGAAAGCGAUCGGCGUAGCGAAUUUCUCGACAGUCAAUUUGGAAAAGCUGCUGAGUGGUGGUGUGAGGAUUGUACCCGCGGUGAAUCAGACGGAGAUUCAGCCGCUACUGCCGCAGAGGAAGUUGAAUGCGUUUUGUGUGAGAUGGGGCAUUCAUCAGACGGCGUUUGGGCCGUUGGGGGGGAGUGGGAGUACGCUGCAUGAGGAUGAGGUUAUUCGGGGCAUUGCGAGGGAGAGGGGGACGGGGACAGGGAAUGUGAUGCUCUCUUGGGGAGUGCAGAGCGGGUGGAGUGUUAUUCCGAAGAGUACGAAUCCGGUGAGGAUAAGGCAGAAUCUGGAGGGGAAUUUCGAACUGAGUGAGGAGGAGAUGAAGGCGAUGGAUGGGUUGGUGGUGGGGAGGGCGAAGAGGUUUAAUCGGCCGGAUUGGGGGACUGUUAUCUUUCAUGAUGAUGAUGAGGACGUGGAGUAG